CGGGCUGCUGCGCAGCGCGGGUCGGCGCGGCCGGGAAUUUUGAAGAGAUAGUCAAGUCAACGAGCUCUGCUCAGCUCUGCAACUGUCCUCGUAGCAAAAUUACUUGAUUUCGUGAGUAGAAAUACUGGGAAGAAGUGAGAGACAUUGUCAUCAUGCAGAAAUCAGAUUAUCCUUUCUUGCCGUACGAACCUCCAAGCUGGGCUGCAAAUUUGGCCCUGAUUCCAAAGUAUAAAUUUCAGUUGGCUAACCUGAACACCCCUAUCCACAAAUGGCGUCUCCCAAGGACACCCGAUGACUUUGAAGUCUUCGUCAAGAGGGAUGACAUGACAGGAAGUGUUCUCUCCGGCAAUAAAAUCCGUAAGCUUGAGUUCCUAUUGGCCGAUGCUGUCGAUCAAGGGUGUGAGGUCAUCCUGACAUGUGGAGGGGUCCGGUCCAAUCACUGCAGAGCGACGGCCAUCUCGUCUCGUCAGCUUGGAUUAGACUGUCAUCUGUUUCUAUGGUCCGGGACACGGGAUCUCAAAGGUCAGUUUACAGGGAACACUCUGUUAGAUAGGAUGGUUGGAGCUAACUUUUAUCUUGUCCCAUCAGAGUGCUCAUUUCAGAAUGAGAUCUAUCCCAGAAUGCAACAGCUCCGAAAACAUAUAAUGGAGACAACCGGGAAGAAGUGUUACUCUAUACCUCUUGGUGGUUCAAGCUCCAUCGGUGUUUGGGGUUAUAUCGACUGUUUUAAUGAACUCAUGAAGCAGGGAUUACAUGAGAAGUUCACUGAUAUUGUUGUAGCAUCAGGGAGCACUGGAACUGUUACUGGCCUUGCUAUAGGAAACCACCUGACGGGAAACAAAGUCAAAGUUCAUGGUAUGGCGGUCAUCGCCGAUGCCGCUUACUUCCACGAGGAAGCGGAUGCGAUCUUGAGAGACCUAGGUUUGCAGGGAAGUGAUGGGUCAUCGGGGGUCAAGGCUGCGGACAUUAUGGACAUCGUCGAGGGAGUAAAGGGCAUUGGCUACGGUCUCUCAACGCCAGAGGAAUUAGAAUGUAUUCAAGACGUUGCCAUGACAACAGGUCUUCUGGUAGACCCAUGCUAUACGGGGAAGGCUACAUACCACACCAUGAAACUGAUGAAGGAAAACCCUGGUAGAUUCAAGGGGAAGAAGAUCCUAUUUAUACAUACAGGAGGAUGGUUCGAUCUCUUCAGUGGUGUGAUGUCGUCUGCUAUCGAUGGCAAGAGCUCUGCAGAAAACAAGGUCUACGAUUGGAUGGAAAUGACUGACAAAUUGCCCUUUGACCAAUAGGAGUCAAGAGAACAUAAAUAUCGCUCUUCCUACUUUUGAGUUUGUUUGUGGGUAUGCAUGGUUAUUUUUUAUUGGGAGGAGUAAUAAUAAUAGUAAUAAUGAUAGUAAUAAUAUUGAUAAUAAUGAUAGCAGUAUAUUU